AUGGAUGGUGAUAUUAUUAUUAAUAUGGGUUUUUUCAUUCAUGAUCUUCACCAACAAAUCGAACAACUACACCAACAUCAACUUAGUAGUUAUCACGAUAAACCAUUCAUAGUUUAUCGGGGACAAGGUCUAUCCAACGCAAACUUCGAAAAAUUGCAAGAAACAAAAGGUGGUUUAAUGUCCUUUAAUAACUUUUUGUCCACAAGCAAAGAUAAAGAAGUAUCCAUCGGUUAUGCUGACAUUGCUUCAACAGUACCGGACAAGGUGGGCAUUCUAUUUACAAUGUCCAUUAAUCCUUGUAUUAAAUCAACACCAUUUGCCCGCAUUACUGAACUAAGUUAUUACGAGGCACAAGAAGAAGAAGUUCUCUUCUCCAUGCAUACCGUUUUUCGAGUGAAUGAAAUUAAACAAAUGGAUAGUAACAAUCAACUUUAUCAAGUUGAAUUACAAUUAACAUCGGAUGAUGACCAACAACUACGAUUACUUACCGAUCGGAUACGAAAAGAAGUUGGUGGUACUGGAUGGCAACGAUUGGGUGACUUAUUGCUUAAAAUUGGUCAACUUAAUAAAGCUGAAGAACUAUACAAUGUAUUACUCGAACAGACAUCUGAUAAGGGUGAAAAAGCGAUUUAUUACAAUCAAAUAGGUUAUGUACAUUCGACUCUAGGUGAUUAUGGAAACGCUAUUUCGUAUUAUGAACAGGGACUUAAAAUUCAACAAAAAUCUCUUCCUUCAAAUCAUCCUUCAUUAGCUAUCUCAUACACCAACAUCGGGGUAGUGUAUAAAAGUAUGGAAGAGUACUCAAAAGCACUUUUGUUUUACGAAAAAGCACUUGAAAUUCGACAAAAAACUCUUUCUUCAAAUCACCUAGAAUUGGCUGUUUUAUACAGCAACAUCGGUGGUGUGUAUAACAGCAUGAAAGAGUACUUGAAAGCACUUUCAUCUCACGAAAAAGCACUUGAAAUCCGAGAAAAAACUCUUUCUUCAGAUCAUCCUUCAUUGGCUACUUCAUACAACAGCAUCGGUGGUGUUUGUGGCAAUAUGAAAGACUAUUCGAGAGCACUUUCAUUUUACGAAAAAGCACUUAAAAUUCGACAAAAAACUCUACCUUCCAAUCAUCCCUCAUUGGCUAUUUCAUACAAUAAUAUGGCUAAGAUGUAUUACAAUAUGAAAGACUAUUCAAAAGCACUAUCAUAUUUUGAACGUGCUCUGGGCAUAUUCCAACGUGCAUUACCUUCAACUCAUUUUUAUAUAAAAACUGUGAAAGAGAAUAUUGAAACUGUAAAAAACAAAUUAUGA